GGACACUUUGUGUUCAGGGUCACCCUCACCACUUCAUCAAGAGAGGCAAAGAGACAGGAGAGAGUGAGGGAGACGCAGAUAGACAGACAGUGAGAGGUAAUACUGAGAGGUGAGACAGCAAGACUGAACAAGAUCUUCAAGGAGAGACACAGACAGGCAGACACAGCAGGAAGUGGGAUAUAUCCGUCCUACAGAUCUUUGACACCCAGAGGACUUCACCUGUUUCUUUAAAGAAAGCGUGCCGGUUCGGGGGUUACCAUGGAAACCAGGACGGUGAUGCAACGAGAGCAGGAGGAGCAGUCGUCCCAGAUGUCUCACAGCAUGCAACUGUCCUCCCAGAUCAAGAAGAAGACCUUCACUUCCAGCAAUGAGGAAGCCUCCUACUCCGAUUUCUUUCCCAUCAUCCCCGCUGACCUGAUGUCCGUCAAGGAGAUUCUGGGCAUGGACAACUUCCCCCGCCACAGGACAUGGGAAAUCCUGAAGGAUACUCUGGCUGAAGAGUAUCACAGAGACAAGUGGACCAGGUUUGGGAAUGAGGCUGAGAAGGUGGAGGUAGACGUGAUCAGGAACCAGCAUGCAUUACGCAGACGCGUUGACAAAAAGGCCCUUCGCAAGGAGGCAGAAAAGAAGGCAUCUGCCCACAUGAAGUACCUGGAGCGUCUGAGUCAGAAGGCCCCAGACUUUGCAGUCCCCCUGAGGGCUCACACUGUCUGGGAGGGCAUGACGGUCACACUCUCCUGUAUCGUUCAGGGCUGUCCACCCCCAAAGGUCACAUGGUAUAAGGAUGGUGUGCCACUGCGAAUGUCUGACCAACCAUGGAAUUACGGUCUUCAACAAAAAUUUGGUCUUAACUCGCUGGAGAUCAGAAGGUGCUCUCCUGAUGAUGCUGGCAAGUAUAAAGUGGUAGCCAAGAGCCCCCUGGGUGAAGCUAUGACAUUUGGAACACUUGUGGUGAACUCAUAUCAAGGAGCCGUGGCUGGUUCAGAGUAUUCGCAGACCCCCGCCUUGAAGCAUGAAACACAGUUUGGCAGCACCUUCCCCCCGACAUGGGUGACAGAGGGUGACAGCCUCACCCUGCAGUGUACCUUCAGCUCAGAUCUGCUGCCCUUCCAGCAGGUCACCUGGUUCAGAGAUGGAAUCCAGCUGCAUCCGUCUAGCAAUGUGGACAUUAAGAGAGUCGACGACAAGGCCUCCAUCACUUUAAAAGCUGCACACAAGGAGCAUGAAGGGGUUUACACGGCCCGACUGAGGACCUGGGACGACAUCCAGGAACACAGUGCUUAUGUCUAUGUUGAAGAUGCAUCAGCUGCAGUGAUAGGAGGCCCCGCCUCUCCUCUGGCGGUCAAGGUAUCUGACAUUAACAAGGACUACGUCUUCCUUACCUGGCAGCCACCCAGUGCUGAUGGAGCCUCACUUGUGGAGGGUUAUUAUGUGGAAAGAUGUGAACUCCCUCAGGGUGAGUGGGUGCGCUGCAAUGAGCAUAUUCAGAAGAUGUGCUACUACCCGGUGUUUGGGCUAAAGGAAGGAACUCUGUACCAGUUCAGAGUUCGUGCUGUUAACCAGGCCGGAGUUGGGCGUCCCUCCAAGGCUACAGAGCCCGUCCUCACUGCAGACCCCCUGAAAGACACCAGGACCAUGGUGGUCAAAGCAGGCAGAGGGAAGACGAUCACCAUCACAAAAGAUGAACUCGAAGGUCAGGUCACAGCUCCUUUCCCUCCCACAAACGUCCACGCCUGCGAGGUGAGCGACACCUACGUGGUGCUGAGCUGGACCGAGCCUGAACCCAGAGGCAAGGAGCCGCUCACCUACUGCGUGGAGCGGUCCCUGGCAGGGCAGAGCAGCUGGGAGCUGGCCAGUCUGGAUGUGGAGAUAAACUCUCCCAGGUUCCCAGUGUUUGACCUGGCCAAGGGCAAGCAGUACUGCUUCAGAGUGCGCUCCAUCAACAAGUACGGUGUCAGUGACCCCUCUGAGCCGAGCGCACCCAUCUCCUUGGGAAAUCCGCAAGCGGUGCCAGAACCACCUCACUCUGUCAUGGCCAUGAGAGACACGGACACCUCGGUGCUGCUCCAGUGGAAGGAGCCUGAAGACACAGACGCCAUCGAGGGCUACUACCUGUACUACAGUGAGAGUGGCAAACAAGACUGGAAAACCAUCAACAACAAGCCUGUUACCAAAACCAGAUUUACAGUCCACGGCCUCAAGAACCGAGGGGAAUAUGUGUUCAGGGUGAAGUCUGUGAGCCGAGCAGGAAACAGCAGCUAUUCAGACGAGUCUGCCCCCAUCCUCGUCAAAGCAGCCAUUUCUGUUCCCUCGGCUCCCUCUGCCAUCGCCCUGCUGCUGUGCACCGGAUCAGAGAUGGUGCUGGGCUGGAGGGCCCCCGCGCGUAAAGGGGGAGCCCCUGUGCGUGAAUACUAUCUGGACCAGAGGGAAAACGGCUUGGAAACGUGGAGAGAGGUCAACGUCAAGCCUGUCAAAGAGAGGCAGUUGAAGGUUUGCAACCUGACUAGUGGACACUUCUACCAAUUCCGUGUGUUUGCUGCCAACAUUGCCGGCGUCGGGAAACCCUCUGAGGCCAGCGACGCUUUCCUGUGUGAGAAGUGGACGAUGCCAGAGCCAGGUCCCCCCUAUGACGCGGAGGUCAGGGAGGUGAGAAACGACUCUCUGGUCCUGCUGUGGGCGGCUCCGUUGUACGAAGGACGGGGCCCCGUCACUGGCUAUGUGCUGGAAAUCAGCAAGGGCGACCAAUCAGACAACUGGACUGCUUUGAAUGAAGAGCCGAUCUCUGACACACAUUACAAGGUGUCAGGCCUUGAGGAGGGUCAGACCUACCGGCUCCGUGUGUCGGCUGUCAAUGAAGCUGGAGCGGGAUGUCCUUCGCUUCCUACUGAGCCAGUCACAGCUCAGACACGACCAGGCUCCAAAGACAUUGAGAUUGGAGUGGACGACGAUGGUUUCAUAUUUCUGGGCUACGAGGCCGAUGAGACGGACGACGAGAGCAAGUUUCUGUGGAACAAAGACUAUGUAGAGCCCAUCGAUCCCGAGAGAGCUCAGGCGGAAAACACGAAGAGCGGGACGGUCCUCACCUUCACAGACGCCUCCGAGGACGAUCUGGGUCUCUACACAGUUGAGAUGAGCGACAACCCAGACCUGUCGUCCAGCUACGACUUCACUGCUGAAGACCUUGAAAGACUCAAAGAACUCAGCUGGCAAGUCAGAAAUCCAUUGAUAGCUCUGAAGUCGGGAUGGCAUGUGGAGGUCUCUGAGGAAGGUGACGUACAUCUCUGGCUUCAGACUGAGAGUCUGAGUGACGAUGCUGAGCUCCGUCUCAUCUUCAACGACAAAGAAAUCACCAGCGAUCCGCACCGUAAGAUCAACUUCGACAAGGCCAAAGGUCUGGUGGAGAUCCUGUUUGACCAGCUCUCUCCGGAGGACGAGGGCUCGUACACGGCUCAGCUGAAGGACGGCCGCGCCAAGAACCAGUUCACUUUGGUCUUUGUGGAUCAAAAGUUUCGUGACACGCUGGCCCUGGCUGAUAAAAACCGACGUGAACAUCUGAGAAAGUCUGGCCCGUAUUUCCAGGAAUACUUGUCGUGGAGUGUAAAUGAGGAUUGUGAACUGAUAAUAAAGUGCAAGGUGACAAAUACAAAGAAGGACACAUCACUGAAGUGGUUUAAAGACGGCGCGGCGUUGACCCAAGUCGCGCACGACCAGUCGUCAGGGGUCAGCACACUCACCAUCCAACAGGUUACCAAGAAAGAUUCGGGUUCAUACAGAGCUGUGGUGUCAGAUGGGAGAGGAGAGGAUGUCAGCACCUUGGAGCUGCUGGGUGACGAGUAUGACAAGCUUCUCCAGCAGCUGAGUAAACAGUGUGCGUUGUCUGCCAGCCCACUGAAGAUUCAGAGCACCGCUUUAGGUUUCAAGCUCUACUGCUCACUCAAAUACUAUAUAAGCAACCUGAAGACCAGCUGGCACUUCAAGGACAAGAGGAUUGACCAGGAUACCAGGAGAAAGCCCGGUAGCAAUAUGCAGCAAGUCUGGAUUGACAUCUGUAACCCAACAGAGAAUGAUAAAGGGAAAUACACCUUGGAGAUGUUCGACGGCAAAGAGACACACAAACGGUAUCUUGACCUGUCCGGACAAGCCUUUGAUGAUGCCUUGCUGGAGCACCAGAGGUUGAAGCAAGCGGCCAUCGCUGAGAAAAAUCGGGCCAGAGUGUUAAAGGGUCUUCCUGAUGUGGUCGCCAUCAUGGAAGGGAAGUCUCUGUGUCUGACGUGCUUCAUCGACGGUGAACCGGCUCCAGAGAUCACCUGGCUCCGGAACGACAAGGAGAUUGGCAACCAGCCCCAGUUUGUCAUCACUAAGGAGCCCAAGAUCAGCACCAUCACCAUCAACGACGUCAAGAUGGCAGAUUCUGGGAAAUACAGCAUCUUUGUGCGCAACCAGUACGGCUCUGAAUCGGUCGAUGUGACCGUGAGUGUUUACAAGCACGGGGAUAAGCCUCCAGCACACGCUGUGGAGAUGGGUUUCUAUAAACCAGGCUGAGAUAUGUCUGCAUAGAGAGAGAGAGUAGAACAUGAAGGUGGAUGGAUAGAUAGGUGAUGAGAUGGAAUGAUGCUGGAUUGUUCGUGUAUUAGAAAACUCUAUUGCGAUUUGAAAAAUGUCCACUGAGGUUUUAAUGAAAAAUGUAAUCCCCUAUAGCAGUGCUUCCCAACCUUUUUCCCUUCUCCAUCAUUGAGUAAACUGAUGACCCCUGACUAAGUGACAUAUUUUAUGGAUAUUUCAUAUUAUAUUUAAUGCAUAGCAAUAACAGUAGUGAAGAACUGAUACUGUACAAUUAACAUAAAUAGUGAACGCAAUAACAGCUGGAAGUUUCUGAAAUUUGGAUGAAUUUUGAGCAGAUUAUUUGAAUAUUGCAUCAGAGAUGAGUUAUUUUUAUGAACUUUUAAUACAAUUAUCUGUCUGUGUUAUGUAUUACUCUGAAUUUUUGACAAUCAUACAUACUUAAUAGGCUUUUUUUUCAACAUAUUCAGUGUUUGGUUAUUAUUCUAUUUGCUUGUUGGUUGUUUUAACUGCGUACUUUUCUAAUGCAGGACGAGGAUGUUUAGCAGAGAGGGAAGGCUCUGUGAAUAUAUCUUGUGUUCAGGUCUUCACCGUGUCCUUAUCCUAUGAAUUUAAGUUUACAUCUUAAAUAAUUCUACAAACUUUAAAAAAUUACAAGUUAAUUUAGUUUUCUUCACAGAAAUAAAUCAAAUACUGAGAUAUCGGCCAACUGUAUAUUUUUGGAUCAAGAAGGCCUUGCGACCCUCCAUGAAGCUUUGGCAACCCGUAUUUGGGGUCGGUACCCCCAGGUUGGUAACCAGUGCCCUAUAGUCUUCAAACUGUCUAUAUCAUUUAAAAUACUAGACAGAUUUUGUCAUAAAAAUGUCAUACUCAGGCUUCUUUUGUGAUGGAGAUGCAGAAUCGCAAAGUCCUGUUAGUCAAACUCAUUUAGCUGACUUCAUGGAUGUUUGAUAUAACGAUUGUUUCUUUCUUUUAGUUAGACUGUGUAACUUUUGAAAUAAGAAAUUGCACCAAAUGACAAGUUAAAUUCAUAUGCAGUAAAAUGCACCAUUAAAGGGACAGUGUGUAGGAUAUGGUGGCAUCUAGUGAUGUGGUUGCAAAUUGUAACCGAGUACCCCUCCUCUCACUCCUCCUAAGACCGGGGUAACAUGAGUGCAAAGCCGUGGUAACACUAGGAGCAACAGAAGUCAAACAGCGGCUGGCGGUAACACGGUUUUGCACUCUGCGGCUCACGUUACCGCAAAUUAAAAAGCAUGACAGAGAACGACCGUGGCCUUCAGUUAACUUAAAAACGUGAAAGGCUCUCUCUAUAGCCAGUGUUUGUCUGUUCUGGGUUACUGUAGGAACAUGGCGGAGCAACAUGGCGGACUCUGUGAAGAGGACCAGCUCCCUAUGUAGAUAUGAAGGGC